AUGAAUUUCCCUUUAGAUUGGUUCGAUAAUCUUGCUUAUGAGGUCUACACAUACUAUCAACAAGAAGCCUCACUUUCUGCAUUUCCGAACAAGGCUCAGAUCGUAUCAGGAAUACUUCCUCUUCCAAAUGAUUUCUCUGCGAACUACUGUAUCAUGGCAGAAAACAAUGUUGCAAUCUCCAAAGAGACAAUUGAAGCAAAGCUCAUCCAGUAUCAGAAGAAAAAGAGACUUGACAAGUCUAAGUUCGGGUUAAUUUUCAAUAUGAAAAGAUAUGAUGCAUCUCGACCUAAGCUAUCUUCUUCACCUGAAGCUCCCUCUUGCAAGAAGCGCAAGCGCAAGAAAUCAAAGUACUCAUCUUCAUCUGAUGACUCUGACAAAGAGGAUGAUGAAUCUCUUCAAGGUUUUGACAAAGACGACUCACUUGAACAAUUUCAAGGUUUUGACAAAGACGACUCACUUGAACAAUUACCAGCACUUAUUGAAGCUCAAUUCCAGUCCAACCAGGAGAUUAUCGACUGUAACAACCAAGAAGAUCUGGACAAAGACAAUGAUGUCCCUCUCGCCAACCAAAACUUUCUUGAGUUGGACAACCAAAAACACCACGAAGAAGAAGUAGAUCAGUUAGAUGUUCAGUUAAAUGACAAACUCGACGGCUCAACAAAAGCUCACGAAGAUGAUAAUAAUAAGAGUGGUUUACUUGGGGAUGAUUCAUCCCACCACCCACUUAACAUCCAUGAGGUUUCAGCUGGUCAAUUAUCAAUCGAUGAAUCAAUGUCUUUGAAAAGCUUUGGAGAUACGCGAGUCCUUGCUACAACCGACAAGAGAAUCCUUCCAUAUCCUGUUCGACCGAUUUCGAAUUGGACCAAAGGAUGGAUCCUUUCAUUAAUCACUAAAGAUAAAGAGCCCUUAUUUAAGCCUAUACCGGUAUCAUACCGAGUUGAUAGAUCCUCAUGUAUUGGAUCAGGCCUACACAUGGACUGCUACCGAGCCGAAUUGCUACUAGAUGAUAAGGUGCAUCAUGUGGUAGCAAAACAAACUUCAAUUCCCACCUCCUUAUCAUACUAUCAGUGCCAAGCACAGGCUUAUGUGCACGCUGAGGCCGCAAUCGAGCGAUUCAAAACGAAGGUUUUAGGUAUCAACAAGUUCAGCCACGUCAAAAAGGAACUUGUUCAGAGCUUACGAAUGGUGAAGCGAUGGGUGGUCCAACCUGUGGGAACCAAAGGAAGAUCCUUCAUCUGUGACUUGCAAGGAGUUGGUACUACGCUCACUGACCCUGUAUUUAACGAUCUUGACAAAAACUUUGGAAGUGGGAAUCUCAAUUACGAAGGCCUCAAGUUGUUAAUAUCUCAACAUAAAGAAAACAUGUGGUGUAAAAAGAUGGGACUAGGUCUGAUCAGUGAAUGGAAACACAACCUCAAUGUGUAA